AGGUAGAAAAGAGAAACAUGGCCCCCUCUCGUAAAGGUAAAGUUCAAAAGGAAGAGAAUGUCCAACUUGGCCCUCAGGUUCCUGAAGGAGAAAACGUAUUUGGAGUUGCACAUAUAUUUGCCUCGUUUAAUGACACCUUCGUCCAUGUUACAGACUUGUCAGGAAGGGAAACGAUAUCUCGGGUAACAGGAGGUAUGAAGGUCAAGGCAGAUCGAGAUGAGGCAUCGCCUUAUGCAGCUAUGUUGGCUGCACAGGAUGUUGCUGCCAAAUGUAAGGAAGUAGGUGUGACUGCCCUUCAUAUUAAACUUAGAGCACCUGGAGGCAAUAAGUCAAAGACUCCUGGACCAGGAGCUCAAUCUGCUUUGCGAGCUCUUGCUAGAUCAGGAAUGAAGAUUGGACGGAUUGAGGAUGUAACUCCUAUUCCGUCAGAUAGUACGAGGAGGAAAGGUGGUCGGCGAGGUCGUCGUCUCUAAUGUAGUAAUUUCUGUAAAGUAAUAACACAGUAUUAUUUGCAAUAAAGACGAUGAAACUAUUUCAAUG